AUGGCCAAAAGAAGACAAAAAACACGUACUCACAAGAAAGUAUCUGAAGAAGAACUCGCCAAGAUCCCCAGAUCAAUGGUGCUUCAUUUAGGAGCAUCCCUCAAGAACCACUCGUUAACCCAAUUAGUUCGUGAUUUCAGAAAUGUCAUGCAACCACACACUGCCAUCAACUUGCGAGAACGUAAAUCCAACCGAUUAAAGGAUUUCAUUGUCAUGGCUGGACCACUUGGUGUUUCUGACUUGUUCAUUUUCAAUCAAUCUGAAUCCACUGGUAAUAUUUCCUUGCGUAUGGGUAAAAUGCCUCGGGGCCCUACAUUACAAUUCAAGAUCAACUCAUACUCUUUGGUUAAAGAUGUAAGGAAGAUAUUGAAGCAUCCUAAAUCGGUAGGUAAGGAUUCCAAGGAAUUCUUGACACCUCCAUUGUUGGUACUUAACGGGUUCCUGAGUCAAAUCAAUGAUGUGGAACACCACGAAAAGUUGAUGAUCACCAUGUUCCAAAAUAUGUUCCCGCCAAUUCAACCACAACUGACUAAAGUGUCUACUAUAAAAAGAGUGUUAAUGAUCAGCAAAGAUCCUCAAACUCAAGAAAUUGAAAUCAGACAUUAUGCCAUAAACACCAAGUUGGUUGAAGAAAAUCGAAAUGUCAAGAAGUUAAUUAAUUCUCAUCAUAAUUUGAAGAAGCAUUUGCCUAAUUUAGCCAAGAAUUCUGAUGUAUCUGAUUUAUUGUUGGAUCAAUACUCUGUGGGUGGUAUGACUUCUGACUCUGAAGUAGAAGAUGACGCUAUCGUGGAAAUUAAGCAAGAAGAAGCUGCUAAUGUUGUUAAGAAGAAGGAAGCAACUGCUGCUGCUGCUUCUGUACCAAAGGAAGAAACCACUACUAAGAAGAGAGCCAUCAAGUUGACAGAAUUAGGACCAAGAAUUAACAUGUCCUUAGUCAAGAUUGAAGAAGGGUUAAUUGGUUCCUCCAAGACCCUUUACCAUGCCACUAUAACCAAAUCCGAAUUAGAACAAAAGGAAUUGGCCAAGAAACACGAAUUGAAACAGAAAUUAAAGGCUGGUGAACAAGUUGAAGAAAACCAAUCUGAAGAAGACAAAGAUAUGUCUGAAUCAGAUAGUGAUGCUCCUGAAAUCAACCCUGAAGAUUACGAAAACGAUAGUGACUUGUAUAGUGAUGUGGAAGUAUAG